CGGCUCCGGCGGCGAGCGCGGCUGGCGGAGAGAGCGGCGCGGAGCUGGCGGGGAUCCCCCUGCGAGACAGAGGCGACUCGGGACGGACACACUCGUACUGUCACUGCACUGCCUCUGCCUUUAGACAGUUGGCUCAUAAUCUGCAACAGACUAAAGUAAAUCUGCCUGCAAACCCAGCUGUUAGAGAAAGAAAGAAUGGCAUUUAACAUUAAAAACACAGAUAUAAUCCUCUGAUAGACAUGGAGCCAUAUUUUGCUGGUUUUAAGCACAUGCAGCAGGACUAUGAAGUCACUCUUGAACUCGCAAGUGAAGAGACUCAAACUAAAAAUGUGCAAAAUUCUAGGACAGGGUCUUAUGGUGUCAGCAUUAGAGUCCAAGGAAUCGAUGGACAUCCUUACAUAGUACUGAACAAUACAGAAGGAUGUUUGCCAGAAAAUCCUCCUCCUCCUGGAAAAGAACAGCAGGUCAUUCCUCAGACUGUAAACAAGCCAGCCACGGACUCCAGUACUGCUUUUAAGUUGGAGGACAAAAUCAGUGAACAUACAACAUUUUCUGGAACACAGCACGUGCAACCCUCUAUGCCUAAAAAAAUGCAGAUAACCAAUGUGAAUGAAAAGGAAAGCGGACUGCCAGAUUUUAAAGAUGAAACAAUGAAAUACUCAAAUCUGUUGAAUUUUCAGAGACAUCCUGAACUUUUGCAGCCUUAUGAUCCUGAAAAAAAUAACUUGAACUUGGAUAAUUACCAGUCUUCUGUAUGCAAUAAAUCUAAGUCUUUUGCAGAUGAAAAAACUGAAGCAAAGCCUUGUAUUUCCUCAUCGAAAGUAGUGUCCCUACAAAAAACAAAUACGUACCUUGCAGAGUCAACCAAAGCAAAUUCAAAAAAAAUACAUCUAAACAGAUCAGUAGAAGAUCCAAAUAAGCAGCUGCAGGAUUGUCCAAGUAGCACAAUCAGCCCAGGUGAUGUGUGUGUUUCAGAGUCAUUUUCAUCUGCAGGAGGAUCCCCCUGUGUUAGUCCCACUGCUUAUCCUGAGACAAAGAAACCUAGACCAGAUGUUCUUCCCUUCCGCAGGCAAGAUUCCACUGGGCCAGUAUUGAAUGACUCCCGAAGAUCCUCGUCCUCAUCAGCUACUCCCACUUCUGCAAAUUCCUUAUACAGAUUUUUACUGGAUGACCAAGAGUAUGCCAUCUAUGCAGACAAUGUUAACCGCCAUGAAAACAGGAGAUACAUUCCAUUCUUGCCAGGAACUGGUCGUGAUAUUGACACUGGUUCACUUCCAGCAGUAGAUCAGCUAAUUGAAAAGUUUGAUAAGAAAGUUGAUGCUCACAGAAGAGGCAGGUCAGGAAAAAGGAACAGAAUUCAUCCAGAUGAUCGUAAAAGAUCAAGAAGCGUUGAUAGUGCCUUGUCAUUAGGACUUGAUGUAAAUUCAGAUUAUUUAGGUGAAUUCAGUAAAAGCUUGGGUAAGUCAACUGAGCACUUGCUGAGACCAUCUAAAGUUUGCCUUCACAAGCAGUUAUCCAGAGAUCAAAAGUCACCUUCCAAAGAGACGAAGAUGUCUGCUCGAAGUAUUGGAAAACUGCAAAUGCCCAACAAAGACACUCAGAGUAGCAGUUUCAGCUCUUUGCAACACCAUAAACAGAAUGGAACAGAUACAGGCAGCUUGAUGGGUAGAUCAGCUACACUCCCAGGACAGAGUAAGAGAGAGGAAGUUAAAACAGUAACUUCUACUUUGUUGUUGCCAAACCGAAUUACAAUUACCCCUGAAUCAGGAGCCAAGAAGAUUUCUGUAAAAACAUGUUCAUCCGUCCCUAAUAUACAGGCAACUCCUGAUCUGCUAAAGGGCCAGCAAGAUCUUGCACAGCAAACAAAUGAAGAGACUGCUAAGCAGAUUCUUUACAAUUACCUUAAGGAAGGAAGUCCUGAUAACGACGAUGCAACAAAGAGGAAAGUGAACUUGGUUUUUGAGAAAAUUCAGACUUUAAAGUCAAGAGCUGCUGGAAAGACACAGGUUUUGGAUUCUUCGGCUGAAGUAAAAGCAUUGGUGGAACAAAAAGAAGAACUUGAAAGGAAAGUGGUAGAGUUAGAGAAAAAACUGGAUCUGGAAAUUAGGAAUCAGCAAAAUUCCAAAGAAGAGAGAGAUGCUACACGAGCAAGUCUGGAAGAUCUUCAGUUGCAGCUUGAUCAAAGUAUAUGUGAAAAGGAAGCCUUAAAAAAGCAGCUGGAAGAAAACGAGAAGGAACUCAGGCAAAACCUGGAGGAGCUUUUUCAAGUGAAGAUGGAGCAGGAAAAACACCAGACUGAGAUCAGAGAUCUUCAAGACCAGCUCUCUGAGAUGCAUGAUGAACUGGAUAAUGCAAAACACACUGAUGAAGGGGAGAAAGAGAUUCUGAUUGAGGAGCUGAUGCAAAUGAAGCAGGAUCUGCAAGAAGUAUUGAUAGCAAAAGAUCAACAAGAAGAGAUUUUGAGAAAGAGAGAGAGAGAGCUCACAGCUUUGAAAGGAGCACUUAAAGAAGAAGUGUCCAACCACGACACAGAGAUGGAUAAACUUAAAGAGCAGCAUGAUAAAGAAUUGCUGGAUCUGCGACAGAGCCUGGAGAAAGCAACAGAGAGUGCUGCUGUCCUUGCAAGUGAAAAAAAUGCUGCACAAGAGAAGCGAAAUAGUGUAGAAAAUCAAGUCAAAGAGCUGAUUGAGGAAAAUAAACAAUUGAAGAGAACACUUACUGAGCUAGAGAGGAAAAUUGAGGAGCUGCACAAACAAAUUGAUAAUAUGAAAGGAGAAGAAAAUUCAUUGAAGGAAAAAUUAGAGACAUAUGAGAAAGAGAAGCAACAAUUAGAAGAAGCUUUGAAACAUGCUGAAAUGGAGGGAAAAGAAUUGUUAGUGUUAAAAGCAUCUUUGGAAAGCCAGCUAGAAGAUAUGCAGGAGAACAUCCGUUGCAUUUCGCAGGAACGACAGCAGUUAAGUCAGCAAUUAAAAGAUGAAACUCAGCAGAAGGAGCAGUUAAAGCAGAUAAAGAAUGAAAUGGAGAAUGAACGAUUGGAACUGAACAAGACUGUUGAGAAGUUACAGGAGGAGAUGUCUGAAAUGGUGGAGAUCUCAAGAACAUCAACUCUGGAGCUUCAGAGCCAGCUUGAUGAAUACAAGGAGAAAAACCGCAGGGAAUUUGUAGAUCUGCAGAGGCAAUUAAAGGAGAAAAACAUUGAGGUAGAAAAAUCACGCCUGAUGAACAUAAGAAUGCAAGAUGAGAUGCGUCUGAUGGAAGAAAACCUGAGGGACCACCAGAGAGCCCAGGAUGAGGCAAUAACAAAAACUCAGUUACUGGAACAGACUGUGAAAAGCUUGGAGUAUGAACUGGAAGCCAAAAACCACUUAAAAGAUGAUCGGGCAAGACAAAUCAAACUAAUGGAGGACAAGUUGUCUCACCUGGAACUUGAGCUUGAUGAAGAAAAGAAUAAUUCAGAUUUGUUGUCUGAGAGGAUCAACAGGUGCAGAGAACAGAUUGAACAAAUGAGGACAGAGCUGCUUCAGGAAAGAUCUAUAAAGCAAGACUUGGAGUGUGACAAGAUUUCGUUGGAAAGACAGAACAAGGACUUGAAGAGCCGAAUCCUUCACCUGGAGGGUUCUUACAGAUCUAGUAAGGAGGGACUUGUUGCUCAGAUGGAGGCAAGGAUCACAGAGCUGGAAGAACGACUUGCAAAUGAAGAGAGGGAUAGAGUCAAUUUCCAGCUAAGUAACCGCAGACUUGAGAGAAAAGUGAAGGAGUUAAUGUUGCAAGUAGAUGAUGAACAUCUGUCAUUGACUGAUCAGAAGGACCAGUUGAGUUUGCGUUUGAAAGCAAUGAAACGUCAAGUUGAAGAAGCUGAAGAGGAAAUAGACAGACUGGAAAAUGCUAAAAAGAAACUUCAGCGAGAACUUGAAGAGCAACUAGACAUAAAUGAACAAUUGCAAGGACAGCUUAACACUGCAAAAAAAGAAUUAAGACUGAAGAAGUCACCAAGUAAAAUGUUGGCUGAUUCUGAUGAUGAUGACGAUGAUGAUGAUUUCAGCACGGAUGGUGAUAGUCUCUGUGAAGUACCUUCAGGAAAUAAUUUCUCAAAAGACGAUGACAUAAAAGUCUAAAUAAGUAUGGAUGCAAUUCCUUGAAAGUACUGGAAGAAUAACAUGAAUUAUCGAGAAACUGGAUAUUCUAGAAGCCAAAUGACAAAGGGAUUUAAGAGUUGGGAAUAUAAUGUUUCCAUCUAUAUUGUGCCAUUUUCUUAUUUAGAUCUCCACUGUUUAUUAUAGAAAUCAGGAUUGCAUUAUAAAACACCUAUGAAACUAUAUAUAUCUAUAAACUGCUACUGAAAACGUGGGAAUAAUGUUUCACAUUGGAGAUGGGAUUUUGCUAAAAUUCUGUUCAAGUAAAAAGCCAUCUGAUAUUAAUUCAAAAUUAGUUUUUAGUUAUUAAAAGCUUUUCCCUAAAAUUAAGGAAACUAUGGAAGAUUAUUUAAUAAUUGUAAGUAAGGGGAAAUUAUGUAUAAAAUGUAAAUAUUUUAAAUUUGAUCUUUUUAUUGACUACUUUAGUACUAUUUUGUAAAGUUUCAAAUAUUAUAUAAAUCAGUUUGAUAUGUAAAAUCUUUAAGUUUAUAUUGAAUACUAUGUUUGGGUUUUUACUAAGAGAAAAAAAAAAUGAAAAUGAAUACAUUUCAUGCAUUACAGAACAUAUUCAUAGUUCUUGGGCCAGGAAGUACAUUUAAAAACCAGUGUAAGUUUUAUUGUAUGUGUUCUGUAUAUUAGAGGUCAAGUGUUAAUCCUGCCUAUUGACUUUAAAAGGACCAUCAAAUCUGCAUGAUGAGAGAGGCUUGGCUUCAACUUCCUUGUAAACUUCAUUUUGGAAGCUUUCUGUUCUUAGUAGGGAAGGUUGAGAAUGAUGUCAGUCAUUACUUGGUAUCUUUCAUCUCCUGAAAGGAAUUAAAUUCUGCCAGAGCCAGAAUGUUAUAGACCUGCUGAUUUGAGGACAUUUGGAUAGUCUUAUCUUGCAAGUUUCUAAAGAGUCCCACUUGUUACAGUAAAAUUAUGUGUGGUCUUUAAAUUAAGUACAUGCUUAAAUCUAUUAAUUGGUACAAAAAUUUUAUGCUGCUGGCAAGAAAUUACACCAAGGAAACAGCAUGUAAUCUGAUUUUUCUUUCUAGGUUCUUCUUGACCAUCUAUUAGUGAUAUAUUUCAGCACAUGGUCAUAUCUGCAGAUAUAUAUUGGUAUUUCAGUAUCUGCAUUUUGGGUUAUCCAUCUAUUCAACAAACUUAAUGAGAAAUUUAAAAGAAAGAGCAUUGAAGAUUUUAUUUUAAAAACAUUUUCUAUUUUGUUGCUAAAAAUAUUUUUUGCUAUGUAUAUUACACUAGACUGGUUUUGCUUCUUUGCAAAUCUAGAAUUCCAAGGAAAGGGCAUUACUACAAAAUUUUGUUAAUAAACAAAAAUAGUUAGGUCCUGUCUAUUUAUCAUAAUUUUCCUCAGUUACAGGUUAGCGAGCACUUGUUCAUUGAUUUGAUCAAGUAAUCAUGGAAUUGUAAAAAAUACUUUGAACUAAAGUUGCUGGGAGCUUCCAUUAUUCCCACAAAGGAAUCUGCUGCAGACAACAAAUUUAACAGCUCUGACAGUGAGGCUGGCAGAUGUGGUUAAGGCAAAAAUCCUGACAAUGGCAGUAUCCAUUUUCAUACAGUUACAUGAAAUGAAACUCCUGCCUGCGAGGUCAGAAAUGUAUUCCUGUAUAGCAGAUCACAGACUCUUUGCCAUGUAAUUCCCUUCAACUUGCUUUUGAUCAUUUGAAUUAUACAGGAAAUAAUAGGAAUGGCAAAGUUGUAAUACUUUGUCUCUGAAUCUUGUAUCUUUUCCAGUACCAUACACAUGGAAUAUUUUGCAGUAUUGGCAUUACUAUUUUGACAUCACAGGAACAGCCGUUCAUCCAAGAAGACCUGUGCUACACUGUACUGACAAUCAUCAUUGAAACUGCUGUGAUUUAUUUGUUGUGUCAUUUGCAUGUUUAUGUUGACUUAACUUCAAGCAACUGAUUGCAAUCCCCAGUACUCUAUCCUGUAAUGUUCAUAGAUGACUUAUUUCAAACCACUGGAAAAAAAAAUCAAUUAAUAUUGCAUCUACCUCCAGUUACACUAAAAUGUAAAAAAAAAAAAAAAAAAAAAAAAUUAACUUAAAAUAAACAGUCAGUGCUCUCAGCUCUACUUUGUGCAUAUACCUUGAUAUGAUAAUUGAAUUUCAUAUAGAAGACAUGUUUAAAACAUAACAAGAAAAUAAUGACCUGGGAAAUACUGAUGCUAUAAACAAAUUUCUGCAUUUUCUUCUCUUUAGAUAGCUACUUUCUUUUUAACUUGUAAAGCAGGUGGCAGGUGUACAUCUAGAAGACUCCUCAUUUGAUCUUAAUAGGAGGAAGACAAUAUUUUUGCAGACUCCUACUGGCAGCAAUUCUUAGUAAGCCUCUUCUUUUUCAGAAAAAGAACUCAUCUUUAGUUUGUUUGCUUGGACUUGCCAGUGGCAUUUCCUCUUUAGUGUUCUCAAAUAAUAUGACUAAAACUGUUAAGACACUGAAAAGGAUAUUUCAAUUCAUUCACCAAGGAGUUGGUAGCUCUCUUUCUCAAUACUUGUUAACUAUGGUGAUAGUAAAAUCAUCUUCAUUGCCACAAACAAAAUUUAUAAUAGUUUACGGUCAUCUUAUUUGUUCACUCUACCUGCUGUUUGCUCUCAUCAAAGCUCAUCUUCAGUCAAAGUUUAGUUUGGAAAGAUUUUCCUGAUUUUUUCAUGUAAUCUAUUUUUAAAUGAAUUUCAGAAGAAGCUCUUGACCCAUAAAAGGAAGCAAGAGGGAGUUAUAUGUAAAGAAACAUGAUUACAAGACAUUUAGUGCCAAGAAGUUUGUAUAAACGUCAGAGUUUCUAGUGUAUUACAGAGACAUGGCUUGAAUUCUGAGCUGUAGAGACCUUCAAUUUUCUUCCACAGUACUACAGUAUCUCUUAAACAAACAAACUCAAGCUAAAUCAUGUUUUCUAUAAACCUAAACUGAUGACUUUUAUAGUGGAUGCUUGUCUCUCAGUGUAAGUAAUCUAUAGUGAAAGGUUUAACUUUUUGUCCUUUCUGGGAUUAAUGGCCUUGAUUUUCUGAGUCUGUUAUUGUAGAUAGGCGAAGACAAAUUACUUCUACAAGAGUUUUUUUGUUUUAAAUCACCAACAUUUGGCAAGUGCGCCAAAAUCUUUACGUGGCAGCUUCUGUACAGUGCAAAAUAUGUAAAUGUUAAACAAGUGAAGAAAAUCCUCCUGUCCUCCAUAGACUCCUCACUCACUAAGUAGAGAAAUUAAAGAUACUCAUCACAGUAAUGCAUUUUAAUGCCCUUAAGUUUGGAAGGCAUCCCUUUUCAUAAAAGCAUUGAGAUUUUUAGAUAUUGUAUCUCUUGUUGGUGCCUGAAGAAAUAAAAAGGGAAAGUUGGUA